CAAUCUAGUGUCACUUCCGUGCCACUGCUCCCUCCGAAGCCGUAUUGGCCGCCCUUGGCUUGGACUCAACCCCCUCAGCUUAUCCACACAUCCCUUAGUCGCUGAGCAUACACACCCUUAAACCAUGGCAUCCCCGGCAUACAAAGAUGCCUCCGAGCUAGAGGUUGGACAUUCGGAAUUUGUCUCUGAGAAGGAACUCGUCAGCCGAGGUGACAGCAACUCUCAAUCAAGCACCCGGCAGCAUCAAGCCCUGAGAGAAAACAUGCCUUCCGCACGCCGUCUUUUGCUGGUUCUGUCGCUGUCGUUGCUGGUAAUUUUUGGGGUCGCAACCGCCGUGUCCCCGGGAGAAUGGGCUCAACGAUCAGGCCAACAUGAAGGGGUGGAAGGAGGCGAAGAUGGCGGGUCGGCCCCGAAAGGAGCACCCUCAUUCCGCCUGCUGGUCGAGCACGCCUCGCCGGAGUCCCUCCAUGAUCUCCUACACAAGUACUUCCCAGACCGCUUCAAGCAUGGCAUCUGGCCGUCCGAGCACUCGGCCAUAGAAGCCGUCCAUCGUAACGAUGCCGUGCUGGCAACAUCAAUCGCUCAGCUGGCGAAGCGUGAUGACACCAACACCACGGCCACUCCACCUCCGUCGACCUCGCCUCCGAGCAGUGACCCGACGACGGCUCCCACUUCCUCGUCUGGUGACGACACAGCGGCCGAGAGCAACCCUCCUACCACAUCUACAGGAGACUCAGACCCUCCAACAAGCUCCGGUGAUAGCAGUACACCGCCGCCUUCCUCAAGCUCUCCGCCUCCCAAUUCUGAUCCUCCUACUUCUGAUCCCCCUACUUCUAAUGCUCCUACUUCUGAUCCCCCUAGCACCUCUCCCGAGCCGACUUCGACAUCCUCGAAAACUUCGAGCACGUCAUCUCACCACUCGAGACCGACAACGGCAACAUUCACGUCGACCAACUCGGAUGGCGGGCUGGUUAUCGUAACGGCGACAUCGUACGUUGACGCGGAUCCCGCCGAAACAGGGGCCGCCAGCUCGACCAGGCCAUCGGGCAGUCUGCAAACGAAUGCGGCGCCGCUCCGUCACGGCCGGAAUGAGGUCCUCGGGGCCAUGGCGGCUGGGGUGGUUGUUGCUGGGGGGAUUUUGCUGGUUUAGGACCGCGUCGGGGACAUAACAACAUUACAUAAAGACCACACGGCGGCGAUCAAUUCUGUACAUCACCAAGGGCCCGGGUUUAACUACAUACAUUCCUUGCACCACGGUGUCUUGGGUUUUGUCUUAUUUCA